ACGGCGCUGUGAGUGUUACGUUUUACGAGAUGAGCUUGAACGCAGCACAGGGAUCAACCUGGAGGAGAGUAAAACUCGCUGCAACCGAACAGAAACACCGAACACAACAAGUUCACACAAUAAUGGGACUUUCCCGCUUUUACUACAGAGUCCGGGGGCGUAUUUGACGAUCGUGUCGAUGUUGGUAAACAACUUUUAGUCGCGGAAUAAGUCGACGUGUUUGUUGGCGCCCAGUUGAAGUUCUGCUUUUCAGUCGGAUGGAAGUGAGUGAGACAGGUCAGUUUUAAACAGACAGACAGGUCGGUUUAACGACUCGCCUCUGAGGACAUUUAUCGUCUCUCCAGUUCAAUGUCCACAGUAAACUGCAGUGAGGAGCUGGACUUCAGACUGAUCUUUGAGGAGGACGGCAGACAGGCGGCAGGUCCAGAUCUCAAUGUGAGGACACCUCCCUCCACCACUCAGGCUCUGGCCGAGCAGCUCUUCAACCAAGAGCUGCAAAAUCAGCCUCCGUUUUGCCCCACCACUGAUGACUACCACCAUGUCGGCUACCAGUUGCAGGAGCCCCAGUACGGAGCCCAGGGGAACCUCAGAACCUUUGACUGUCCAAGUAUCCAGAUCACUUCCAUAGCUCCUAACAAUCAUGUAGAGCUGGGAAGUAGCCAUGAAGCUUUAGUGGUGGGUGGGGCAGAGGGGGGUUACCCUGAGGGGUCCUGGUCCAGAGGCCAGCUCUACCUGCCCCUGGACCCCUGCUACCGGGACCCCACGCUCUGCCCGAGCCCCUGCAGCAGCCUGUCCUCCAGGAGCUGGAUGUCAGACCUCUCCUCCUGCGAGUCCUUCUCCAAUGUCUACGACGACGUGGAAGUGGAACUGCGCGAUGCUGCUCGCCUCGCCCUGGGGUCCCCCCUCGGGUCUCCUAUGGAGUCCCCUAUGGGGUCCCCCGGCUGCGGAGGCGGGGCCUUUGGGGUAGAGCUAUGGCAACAAAAGUACCAGCAUCCUUCAGCCUUCAGUCCGACGCUGUCGCCCCAUCAGUCGCCCCGCCAGUCGCCCUGCCACUCCCCUCGCGCCAGUGUCACUGAGGAGAGCUGGCUGAACCGCCGGCCCACCUCCAGACCGUCAUCCAGACCGACCUCCCCCUGUGGGAAGAGGCGCCACUCCAGCGCUGACCCCCAUGCCCGCUCACCCUCCCCUCACCACUCCCCUAGCCCCACACCAGGCGCCUCUCCACGGGGCAGCGUAACAGAUGACACCUGGGUGGGAAGCCCUGCCGGCGCCCUGGGGUCCCUACUGAUGUCUGGCUACCAGGAGCUGAACGUCCCCUCCAAGACCAGGAGGACGUCAGGGACCCAACUCUUGGCUGGACAAGGGGACUCGGGGUUGGAGUCCUUCCUGGACUCUCCGGGGGAGGAGGGCCGUGAACAGGACGGCCUGGCUGAUCUGUUCUUUCAGGUGCCCUCUCACUUCAGCUGGAACAAACCCAAACCUGGGAACCCUCCUCUGUUCAGGACAUCUUCACCCCCUCCUCUUGACUGGCCUCUGCCCAACCAGUUUGACCAGUGUGAGUUAAAGGUGGAGGUCCAGCCCAAAUCCUACCACAGGGCGCACUAUGAGACGGAGGGUAGCAGAGGGUCCAUUAAGGCAGCUACUACAGGACAUCCUGUCAUCAAGUUGAACGGUUACGGCGAGCAGCCGCUCAACCUGCUGUUGUUCAUCGGUACCGCAGACGACCGCCACCUUCGCCCUCAUUCCUUCUACCAGGUCCACCGGGUGACUGGGAAGACAGUAACCACCAACUGCCAGGAGAGAAUUAUGGGCGGCACGAAAAUCCUGGAGAUCCCUCUUCUUCCAGAAAACAACAUGUCGGCCAGUAUUGACUGUGCCGGCAUCUUGAAGCUGCGUAACGCAGACAUCGAGCUGAAGAAAGGAGAGAUGGAUAUCGGGAGAAAGAACACGAGGGUUCGUGUUGUGUUCAGGGUUGCGGUUCCACAGCCGGACGGCCGAAUGCUGUGGCUGCAGACAACAUCUAAUCCUGUGGAGUGCUCCCAGCGCUCGGGUCAGGAGAUUCCUCAGGUGGAGAGCUACAGUCCAGCCAGCUGCUCUGUGGACGGAGGAGAGAAGCUGCUCAUCACCGGAUCCAACAUCUCCUCACAGUCCAGGGUCGUGUUCACAGAGAAAGGGAAUGAUGGAAGAUCUCUGUGGGAAAUGGAUGCCAGAAUUGUUCCAGAAAAAAGCAGCGGAUCCAGCAUUGUGGUGGAGGUUCCUCCCUACAAUAAGAAGACAACAGACUCUGUCCAAGUCCAGUUCUACGUCUCUAACGGGAAGAGAAAGAGAAGUUUGACACAUAGCUUCACUUACCUGCCUGGAGUCAGACGUCACCUCCCUGCUGCUGCUGGAGUCAAACAAGAGCGCUGGGAGACGGACCACACCUCCCACAAUGCACCUGGCUUCGGCCAGCUGCCGUCACAUGACCGAGUGAUUGGCCCGGACAUGGUUUAUUAUGAUUCCUGUGACAUCAUCCCAGUGCAUUGUGGUCCUCAGUCCCAGAGCGCGCCGCAUCUUCAUCAUCCCGCUCCCUCCUCUGCUCCCCUUCACACCUCGUUAAUGUUUCAUCCCACCUCCUCCAUCCCUCUUCACAACUCCUUCUCCUUGCCCCAGCAGUCCUCCUCGGUCCCCCUUCAGACCUUGAUUCCUCUGCAGACCUGCGUCAUGCCUCCUCAGACCUUCACUGUCCGCUCUCAGUCCUCCUCGAUUCCUCCUCAAGUCUCCACGAUGCCGCUCCAGGCCUCUUCGAUGCCCCUUCAGACCUUCGCCGUCCCUCCUCCCGAACCGUCCGGUGGACGUCAGAGGGAGCACCCUCCAUCUCUGAGCCCCAGAAGAGGCUUUGCGACCCCUGCUGUCCCUCAGAAGGACUCUCCGCUGUCCAGCCCGGGGGAGGUGCCAAGCAUUAAGCAGGAGCCAGAAGACCAGCGAAAUCUGGGAUCCUUGGGCCUCCAGGAGAUCACACUGGAUGAUGUGAAUGAGAUCAUCGACAGAGACAUUGGCAGCCUGAGCAGCAGCAGCGCCCAGCCCGACCAGUUUGACCAGUACCACCAGUACGACUGGGAGCACAAGUCCAGUGACUCGGCCUUACCGUUCUGCGGAGGCCCGCAGUAGUCAUGUUCGCACAAAGUGCACCAAACUUUUUCUUCAAGUGCCUGAAAACCAAUCAGCAGCCUCUGAAGAGUCCGCGGGCUCGUCUCAUCAGGGUUCCCUUCAGAUUACUGUUUCUUUGUCUGUCUCAGGAAUUUUAGCGUGAAGCCGACUCGUACCUCGCUGACACCCCAAAGAUGUUUUAGCCUUUCACGGCCGAAUUGGAAGAACUAUAGUUCAAGUAUAAAAGGGCUGUAAUUCAAGUUUUACAUAAUCAGAACAAUCAGUGAUGUCAUUAACAGAGGCUGAAGAAAAUGAUGUCAUUAUUUAUUGGCCAGUUAAUUUAGAAAAUUUAUUUUUGAUACUCUGGAUGUGAUCCAGUAAAAAAAACUAAAAGUCCUUCAGUUGAUCAUUUACAUUUUUAUAGCUUGGUUUUACUCUCUGUACAGUUUACAUUUUCUUCACUGAAUUACAUUAAUGCUGUUCGACCUGAACUGUUUUGGUGUGAAGCUUAAGACACUGAAUUAUAGAAUGUAUUGUAAAGGUUGAAGUAAAAAGAAAGGAAAGUA